ACAGUUUGCAGUACUCCAAGUCAUUAGAGAAGAGGAAUUUUCACCAUUGAAAAACGCCCCAGGUGCGGCCAAAGACACACCAGAGAUGGCGAGAGACGCCUUAUGCAACUUACACUAUCAAUAUAUUGUUAAUUCUGGUGGCAAAUUCAAAGACGACAAUGAAGAUACGCUGCCUGAUAUACCACGGUAAGGAUUUCGUGACAAAUUAUAGUCAGUUAGAUAUGUCUGGGAUUUGAUUCCUUCGAUAUACAUUUGGAAAGAGCACUGCAUUUCCAGUUUGACUCUACCAAACAUAUAGCAGGUCUGUCAGAGCUGUCAACUAUAAAUAAAGUUAGUAACAUUGUACAAACAGGGUUUUGCCUUUACUGGACCUCUAGGGAGAACGUUUAGAACUGAUAGAGCUAUCCAGUAUAGUAUAAACAAAAUUAGUUUAGUUUAGGUUUCCUCCUGUAGUAACACUGGAUCAAUCAGAGAUGACCCUUACUAGACUUCUGGGGAGAACAAUUUGGAACUGAUAGAGCUAUCCAGUACAAAUAAAGUGACAGUAGUUUAGUUUAGGUUUCCUCUUGUAGUAACACUGGAUUAAUAAGAGAUGACCCUUACUGGACCUCUAGGACUAGGGAGAACAAUUUAGAACUGAUAGAGCUAUCCAGUGUAAAUAAAGUUAGUUUAGUUUAGGUUUCCUCCUGUAGUAACACUGGAUCAAUAAGAGAUGACCCUUAUACUGGACCUCUAUAGGGAGAACAAUUUAGAACUGAUAGGGUUAUCCGGUGGAGUGGGGUUAGUUUAGUUUCGGAUAACAUAGUAACCGAAAUGCAUACGGUUUUAAAUUUUCUUCAAAAAUUCAUUAAUAAUUCAGGAGCAAAACACAAAGAAAAAUCAUAAGUGUGUCGUGGUUUUAUAUGUGAUAAAAGAUCAUGUUAAUUUACAUAAACUUUAGCUUUGAUUUUCUCGGUUUAGACAAAGUUUAUUUCAAAAAUUACUCCUACGCGUGCUUUAAAUAGUAUAUAAAAAUUUUCAUAAAAUGCAUUGAAAAGAAUAUUAAGUUUCGACGAUUUUAUCGUAUUUUUUUCGCAAUCAAGCAACAACGUUUUUGAUUACCUAAGUUAUUGACUAAGUUACCCAGUUACUAAUCACGGCAUUACACCAAAUGCACAUCAAUAUUUAUAGUAUUAAAACGAAUUUUUAACUACAUAAAAACAUCGGCCUCAAAAUUUAAAUGUUUUUCUAUAUAGCAAAACAGGAAUUGAACAGACUGUAAACGGUUCUGGGUGGUGAGUUAUAAAAAUUUAAACACAUUACAAAAGUCUGGCGCAUUUGUGCAAAUUUUCAUGUGGAUUUUAGAGUGAACGCAAUCAUCUAGACAAUAUUGAGUAUGGACCACAUCGAAGAAUUUCCCAUACACCUGGGGAGGAUUCGAUUGGGAUCCAUAUCCAGUAUUGUCAGGGUGUGAUAAAUCAAGAUUUUUAGUCGUACCUGACUGGUACUUGAGCUAGUACAAACUAAGACUCAAGGUGUACUUACGCCCGUAUUCUAAAAGCUCACUCACACUCAAUGAGUGGAAGUUCAAUCUGAGCUUUUCUUGAGUGUCAAUGUUGUUUUUGAAUAGCUGGAGGGUGAGUAGUCACAUAGUAAGGUAUGAUACUAGCUCUCCAGUUAUUCAAAAACAGCAGUGACACUCAAGAGAAGCUCAGAUACUUCCACUCGUCGAGUGUGAGUGAGUUUUUAGAAUACGGGCGUAAGUCUUUAAAAUGAAGCACAUAAAGUAGAGGUUUCGGAAAGGUAUUCAUUCAGUAACCUUAAACUACGGUCUACGAGUUAGAACAAGAAUGAAGACAAUUGCAAACACUACAAUCGACUUAACAUUCCUUAGUCCCAUCGGUCGGGUCCAAUAACUUUUCAUGCCAAGACAUGUCUGACUUACUCAUAUACAGACUCGUAUACCAAAACAUAUACGGUUUUGAAUUCCUUGGUCAUAUAGUACUAGCAAAAUGUAAGUACGCAGAUAGCAAGAGUUCCGUGUACCUAUGUGGUAUUUGGCUGAAAACAAAGAAGUACCAGCUCAUAAUAUAAGUAUAGGUGAUUUAUCGCACCCUGAAUUUGUUUACUAUGCCAUUAACUGUCGUGCCAUGUUUGGUGCUUAUACCCUAAAACCACAAUUGUUUCAUGAAUUCGCUGCACUAUAUAUAAUAAACAAUAGGUAUAAUAUUAAAAAAUCUUCACAAAAAUCAAAUACGAAUAAUCGCACAUAAACGUAAAUGAAUGAUUAAACGGAUGAUUUAACAGUAACACACAAAAGUGUUGUUUUAAUAUACAAAAGUUUUCAAAAUAUUCAAUUGUGUCAGAGGAUGGUUUCAAAGAUUAUUAUUUCUCGCUAUGUAGCAUGCCUCCAGUUCGGUGUGAAAUUUCUCCUCUGUUGUCGUAUGCAGGCGAGGUGAGUUUAUUUCAGUGGCACUUGAAUGGAUACAUCAACACUUUUAGCUGCUCAUACUUCACAAAAGAAAAAUCUACCAUUCUUUUCGUCCUCCACCCUAUCUUUAUUCCUGCUUCCAUCCCUACUCCCUUCCGUCCCUUAAUCUUCCUUUUUUCCAUCUCUCCUCCCUUCCACCCCUUCCAUUCUUCCCUCCUCCCUUCAUUCUUCUCUUCCUUCCAUCCCCUACUCUUCCCUUCCACCCCAAUCUGGCCUCAUCUUUUCCAUCCGUCCUUGUUUCCUUCCUCCCUCCCUUCCAUCCCCCUUUUCUCCAUCCCUCCCCCUUUUCUCCAUCCCUCCCUCUUCCCUUCCAUCUCUCCCUUUUCCAUCCCUGUCUCUUCCCUUCCAUCCCUGCCUCUUCCCUUUAUUCCCUCUCCCUCCUGGCUCCCUCUUCCCUUCCAUCUCUCCCUCUUCCAUCCCUGUCUCUUCCCUUCCUUCCCUUUCAUUCUCCCUCCCUCCUGGCUCCCUCUUCCCUUCCAUCUCUACCAUCCCUCCCUCUUCCCUCUCCCUCCUGGCUCCCUCGUCCCUUUCAUCUUUCCCUCUACCAUCCCUCCCUCUUUCAUUCCCCCUCCCUCCUGGCUCCCUCUUCCCUUCCAUCCCUUCCCUUUCUUCCAUCCCUCCCUCUUCCAUCCCUCCCUCUUCUAUCCCCCCUUCUAUCCUUCCCUCUUCUCUUCCAUCCCUCUCUCUUCCCUUCUGUCACUCCCCUUCCUUCCAUCCCUUCCUGGUCCCUUCCAUCUCUCCCUUCCUGUUCCCUUCCAUCUCUCCCGUCAGUUUAAUGUUUACCAACUUUAACGACUUUGUCUAAAACAAUGUUCAAUCCUAAUUUCUCUACUCAAGGGUAUUAGUGAAAAAGUUAAAAGCCAAGUGUUCUAUGCAUCAAAACCACUGCACUUACAAUCGGAAGAUGAAUCAAGCGUCAGUAAUGGAAAUGGUAAAAAUUCACCACAGAGAGAGCCGAGUGCCAAACGACUCAAGGGAGAAGAUGAUGAAUAAAUACAAACAAUCCCCAGAAUACAAUAGAUACAAAUUGAAAAAUGAACAGUGAACGAUACGCAAUGAAUUGAGGGACCGGUCAUUAUUUACGGCGGGGGGUGGCACCAAAGAGAAAAGGGUUGGGUAAACAAAAUUUUGAGUUGGGCAAAUCAUAAAGAAAACAACUCAAGGGUUGGGUAAUAAAAAUUUAUUGUCAUUUCCAAAGCAUAUGUCAACAGUCAUAUGUCAAUACAAUAUGUAUCGUAAUCAGAUACACCAUCUUGAUUAUUUUCCGAUUUGUCAGGAGACAAAUGACAACAUGAAACUUUAGACUCCAGAAAAUUGCACAAAAGCAGUUCGCAAACUCGUGUCACAGAAGUGGUAAAGGCCAUGUCUGACAACUGAAUGGUAUCCUUUUGUAAAGUUUUUGGCCGGGGUGGGUAUUUAUUUUUUAAUCGAUAUUCGAGGUUGGGUAGAAAUUUUUUUAACAUUUUAAUGGUUGGAUCAGAAAAUUUUUUACCACGAAAAACAUUUUUCUUCGGUGACAUCCUCCGCCAUAGAUAAUGACCGCCCCCUUAGGCCUCGUCUUAAUCACCAUCAUAUAGUAACUUAAUAACAUUAAAUUCACCAUCGCUGAUAGAUCAAAACAAUUGUUUGGAUUAAAUCCAUUCCUUUAAUUAUACUUUAAUUUUAUUAGUUUAUGUCUUGGCGAGUUUCACUAACCAUUAAGAGACAGCACAUGCUGCUCAACUUCUGACAUUUUCCGACCAUUUUGUCUGGACAAAAAAUAAGCAAUCAGUUUUCUUGAAAGAAUGGAUUAAACAAAACACAUCGUCCUGAAAAGCAUUACAGUCAUAGAAACUCGCCUGCUAUACAGGGUGUAUAAAAAAAAACUGAACAGAUUUAAAAUUGCUCUCAAUUUCGCAAAACAGCUAUUUGUAUCUGUUUUUAUAUAUAUAGCUUCUUUGGGUACUUAUAAUGUAAAAUAAUGAAAAAAAUUUCUCGAACUCAAAUUUUGUGAACCAGGGGUGUGUGUCUUUUCCAACAAACUAAAAAUGGCUCGCGCACAAAAUUUAAAAGCUGCAAUCAUAUUUUGAGUUAACAGAUGGAAAAUUUGUCGGGAUUUUAAUUACUGUACAAAAUUUCAGACAAUUUGGUUUAGUUUAAGCCCCUUAACUAUUCACGCAAAGUUACAA